AUGGCCUCCCCUGGUGUUCUCACCUUUGACGCUGAGGGUCGGGCGGUCGACUUUGAGGUUUGGGUAGAUGGUCUGCAGCUUUUCCUACACUGCGAUAGGGCACAUGGUCUCUCCCUGUUUGACCUCACUUCUGGUGCCUCUCCUGCCCCUGCUGCUGAUGCUGACCCCUCUGUUCGCUCACAGUGGGCCACGCGCGAUGCUGCUGCUCGCCUUGCUAUGCGCCGUCACUUACCGACCACUGAGCGUGCACACUUUAGCCAAUACAAGAGUGCUCAGACCUUGGACCACUUCCUCUUAGUUUGCCCCACCACUCUCACCGUUGACCUCCUCGAGAAGGCCCUCCUACCAGCAGAGAAGAGUAUAGUCGCUGUAGGAGCCUCUCGUGGUGACCCUCACACCCCCGUUUUGAGGGGUGUUCUCCCUCCCCCCUCUUGCCGUGUGUUGCCUCUGCUGCUGCGGCUGACCUCGUUGGUUUCGAGUCGGUCGGCGCUGCGUCUGCCCCAAGCGGGAGACGCCGCACCGGCGAGGGCAAGGGGGGCAAGGGCGCUGGAGGGGCUGGAGGGGGCGGUGGAGGUGGUGGUGGAGGUAGUGGAGGGAGUGGGGGUGGUAGUGGGAGUAGUGCCGGGGGUGGCGGCGGCGGCGGCAGCAGUGGAGGCGGCGGAGGCGGUGGUGGUGGCAGAGGGAGCGGAGGCGGCGGAGGUGGCGGAGGAGGCGGAGGUGGAGGAGGCGGCGGAGGCGGCGGUGGCGGCAGCGGUGGUGGAGCGGGUCGCGACUGUGCACAGAGGAGUGUCUCAGGUGGUGGUCCGCGCCAGCAGCAGCGGAGUGGUGUGA